AUGCCUCCCACAAGCCUGGUAGCACAUUAUGAGAGACAGAUACCCUCUGCAAGGGGGAAGGAGAGUGAAAUCAGCAUACAACUUUGCCAUGGGCCCCAGCACAAGGCCCAUCCCGGUGAAAUCUGCCUGCAGGUCUAUGCCAUCGGACUGCUCUCCCACUGGGUGAAAGCCGAAGGUCUAAAUACAACAAUAGUGGAAGAAAAAAGAGAAACAUCCUCUAAUCCUCCAACUGUUCGUCACUUCCAAGACUACCAGAAUGUUCCCGAGUACCAAACCCAAUCAAAAACAAAUCUAGGACAGGAUGCUACAGGCAGCAGGCAGAUCCCUCCACCCACACUGGUGAUAACAGCAGGCCUUUGCCUCCCAGUGCUCUACCCAGCAACAGAAGGUAAACCAGGCCUGAGGUCUUCUAAUCCUCCACACACUAGCAGUGCAUCAUCCAUACCCUACAACUUCUGGCCCUCUAACCAGUGGCAGAGGAUGGCUCAGAGGAAGCUCUCCAAACAGAAAAGAAGUGAUGUGAUAACAGAAAAAUGUAAAAGAAAAGAAAAGAAAAGAAAAGAAAAGAAAAGAAAAGAAAAGAAAAGAAAAAGAAAAGAAAAGAAAAGAAAGAGAGAGAGAGAGAGAGAGAGCGAG